UUCCCGCAUUGUUCAAUUCAAAGAAAUUAAACUAACAAAACAGAAAGAAAAAUGAUGCUUCUCCAAUGCCAAUCGUUUCUUCAUCACGAUUCAUUCCAUUCUUCCCGCAUGCCCGAAUUCCCAUCUUCAGUUCGCCGGCCGGCCGCCCUUAUCAAAGCCUCAUUUCACAGAAGUGACGCAGAGAAGAGGAAUGACAAGAACAGGGCAAGUAUCUGUACAGCCGACGAGCUUCACUACGUUCAAGUAGAGAAAUCCGAAUGGAGGGUUGCUCUUUGGAGGUACCUUCCUUCUCCCCAGGCGCCGUCCAGGAAUCACCCUUUGAUGCUUUUGUCUGGCGUUGGAACCAAUGCUAUUGGUUACGAUCUCUCCCCUGAGUCCUCGUUUGCACGCUUCAUGUCCAAUAAAGGAUAUGAUACUUGGAUUCUUGAACUCAGAGGUGCUGGAUUGAGUGCACAGGAUGUGGACUUUGGAUACGAUAAAGACCCUUUAGAUUCUCCGUUUCAGAAGAAGGAUUUUUAUGUUAAGGACGGAGAAUACGGUGGUCAUAUUUACACCGAUGAUAGGAGUUUUUCGAUCAAAAGAGGCUUUUCAAGUUUCUUAGAAACAGAAAAGAGAGAUAAUUUAGCUGGUGGGAUUAGCGAUUUAAUCGAAAAGCUUGUAAAUAUUAUUGAAGGAGCUGAAAGAGUAUCUCCUGCAAGGGUUUUUGAUAUGCACAUCAGCAUUUCUACAGCACUAAAAGAUAUACAGAAACAACUUGAUCUUAUGGCGAAGUAUAAUUGGGAUUUUGAUCACUACCUAGAAGAGGACGUUCCUACCGCGAUGGAAUACAUAAAGGAUAAAAGCAAACAAAAGGAUGGCAAGUUGCUUGCAAUUGGUCAUUCGAUGGGGGGUAUCUUGCUAUAUUCGAUGCUAUCACGAUAUGGUUAUGAAGGGAAGGAUUCUGGAUUGGCAGCAAUCACUACGUUGGCAUCGUCAUUGGACUAUACGUCUUCUAGGUCAUCACUCAAACUGCUUUUACCCCUGGUAGAGCCUGCACAGGUCCUGAAUGUUCCUGUCAUUCCAAUCGGACCUUUAAUUGCUGCUGCACAUCCUUUUGCAGCCAAUCCUCCCUACAUUCUUUCCUGGUUGAGUCCUGAAAUUUCUGCCCCAGAUAUGAUGCAGCCUAAGUUGUUUGAAAAGCUUGCAAUGGAAAACUUCGAGACAGUGCCAGCCAAGCUUCUCUUGCAGCUAGCAACAGCCUUUCACGAGGGUGGAUUGCGUGACCGGAGUGGGACAUUCUUCUACAAGGAUCAUCUCAGUAAAAGCAAAGUCCCCGUCCUAGCAAUUGCCGGAGACCAAGAUCUGAUAUGUCCACCUGAUGCUGUAUAUGUUUAUAAUGAUAUCAAUCGAGCAGAAACAGUGAAGCUUAUUCCCGAGCCAUUGAUCACUUACAAAGUUCUUGGAGAACCUGGUGGUCCUCAUUAUGCUCACUAUGAUUUAGUGGGUGGCCGAUGGGCUGUAGAUCAGGUAUAUCCAUGUAUAAUCGAAUUUCUCGAUCGUCACGAUGCUGAAGAGAGGAUUUCAUAAAAGGAAUCUUGAAUGCAGUCUUCCACUUAGAUUUCUACAUCAAGUAGUACAUGCAUGCAUACAUACUAAAAGGAGGUAAAGCACCCAUACAAAUUUGUACUUCUAUGCUGUAUUCGAGUUUGGGCAUGAUUAAUGACAUUUAGAAAUAGUAUAUAUAUAUGUUAUUAUGUAUAUAGACACUUAACACACACGCAUACCAGACACCAGUUCUGUCUCUUACAACAAUACUUCAUUUGUAUAAGG